AUGCGCGCCUAUCAAUGCGGCCUGGGUGCUGUGCAAGUACAGAACCUCCUCCCGGGAACGUCCAAGACGUGUGCUAGGUUCGCGAAAGCGCGUGGCGUGCCGCAUGCGACCAUCCACCUGCCGGACGGAAGUACUGCCGCCUGGUUGGGCCCGCGUGAGGCCAAGAAGGUGGUCGUAUUAUUUCACGGCGGCGGCUACAUGGCACCAGCUUUGACGGACCACAUCUCGCUCGCCUUUGGUUUCUCCAAGCAGGUCCGGGGUGAUGUGGCCGUUGCUGUUCUACACUACAGCCUUGCCUCGGAGGGAGCAAACCACUACCCGUGCCAGUUGCAGCAGGCUGUGUGGUUGAUCGGACACCUCCGCUCGGACGGUAUUGGCCCUUCGGCAAUCACCUUGCUUGGGGACUCGGCCGGCGCGCACUUGUUGCUGAGCCUGCUUUUCCAUCUCGUCCAUCCGGAGCCUCGCGUAUCGCCCCUCAAACUUGACGAACAGUUUUCCGGCGCUGCCUUGGUCUCCCCCUGGAUCAAUCUGAGCACGACGUCCACGUUGGCGCAGAGCAGCACAGACAAGGAUGUACUGGAAGCCGCCGCUCUCAGGUACUGGGCCAGCAACUUCCUCGGUGGCGUGCAGCCGAGUCCGUGGAACGACCAACUAACGGCACCGGCCGAAUGGUGGCACAGCCUGCCGGUCGAGAACAUCCUCGUGACGUACGGCGACAACGAGCUGCUUCGAGACGACAUCAGUGUUCUCUGCGAUGCGCUCAAGUCGCAUCCCAAGCUGACGGUCUGCAAAGCCGUGGGCGAGGUCCACGUGCACAUGGUCCUGAACAGGUUCCUUCGCAUUAACAAGCCGUGCGAGUCGGAGGGUGUGUUGGUGGAAUGGCUAGAACGCCGCUUGACAAAUGAAACCUGA